AUGGCAGAUUGGAGUGGUUUUCUGAACAAAAACAGCGGUUUUGGUGGGGGGUCAAUGAGGAAUGAAGAUUUUGAUGAAGAAGAUGUGUGGGGUGUGACCACGGAGAGGGAGAAGGACUAUCUGUGCCCAGAAAUGAGAGUAUCUAAGGAGUCCUCCGGUUCUUCUUCUGCAUGGCGAAUAUCAACCUCUCCAAGAAAGAUCUCAAAUACUAAUAGUGUCACACUACACUCCUUGAAAUCUGAUUCAAAUGUGGUCCAAAGAUCCUCAGCUCCUAUGGACAUUCCUGAUUGGUCCAAAAUUUAUGGAAAAAAGGGUGUUGAGGAGGAGGGUGUACGCAGCAAGAAGUUUGAUUGUGGUUACGGGUAUCUUGACGAUUAUGGCGAUGAUGAUGAUGAUGGUGAUGAUGGUGAGGAUGAUAUGAUUCCUCCUCAUCAAUGGAUUGCUAGGAAACUUGCAAGGAGUCAGAUUUCAUCUUUCUCUGUGUGUGAAGGGAUAGGGAGGACACUGAAAGGGAGAGAUCUUAGCAGAGUGAGAAAUGCUAUUUUGACCAAAACAGGUUUCAUAGAGUAG